AUGUAUACAAUUUUGUCUUCGGAGAUUCUGGGCUACAACACGGUGCAGUACUUCUCGCUCGGAACUUGGGCUUCGCUGCACUAUUUGUCCGGCUGCGUGGAUGGAGUGAUGCCCGCGGUGAAUUGCACGGGGCCGCCUCAGCGCCACGUGGCCCUCGAGUUGUGGGAAUCCGGCUGGCAAGAUCCUGACUGGCUCGCAAAGGCAGACUUCUUGGGCAGCGAGCGUGCUGUCCAGACUUCAGGAAGCAUGGGAUUCUCCGGAGUCGAGGGCAUGUUCGUCAUGGGCCGCACCCGGCAGAAUGCCCUGGAACGCUCCGGGCUGCACCUAUCCUAUUAUGGCAAUUUCAAUGCUUCAUGGUUCAACCCGGCGGACUACGCGCCCCAUGUGUCAGAGGUGAACAUGAGCAAGCUGUUGACCUGUGCAGAAUCCAACCCCCCUGGGGCGCAGAACUAUAUCCAAGCGACUGGUGAUGCUGAUGGUGUGGAGACACGCAACGGUGUGAUCGUAUACAAAUGCUGGCAAGAGAAGUGGUGGGUAGCUCCUGCUUGCCGAAACAAUCCGAGCAGCUGCAUUGCGGUGAUUACCCUUCGGGGAUGGGGCAACCGAGAAAUCUCUCAGCAGGCGUUCUUCCACAACAUGCCUCUGGCCAUUGCCAGUGCAUUGGAGUUUCCCGAAUAUGUGGAGCUCAACGUGCAACAUCAGUCGUUUCUUUUUUGGUGGACUCCGGACUCCACCUUCGUGGAGUAUGAUGCGGUGUUGGUGGAAAUGCCACCAUGGAACCCCUCAGAGCAAAAGCAGGGAAUUCUGAGAUCAUCAAUGAAGCAGUCCAUGCUCACCACUGGUACGUCUCCGAUCCUGGAGACGGCGGCGGAUCGCGCCUGGGGCCUCGCCCGAGCCUUACGGCUCUCGGACAGCAACGUCAAUGACUUGCUCCUUCUCUCGGUCCAGAAUGGUGACGACUACUAUGCAGCUGCUUGCACCUGGCUGAAGGCCAAUCAGCACGUUUGGGACGAGUGGGUGCCCGACAAGACCAAGUGCUCCAUCGGCAGGGGCAUGGUGAACUCGCAAGGGGACUUCGUCACAUCCCGCGCUGAUGCGGUGGAUUGCACCAUUUGCCCAGCAGGGCGAGCUUCGACGAAGUCCAGUGACUCCAGGUUGUGCACCAAAUGCACUCCAGGCUUCUAUCAGGGAACCUUUGGCAUGUCUGAAUGCAACCUGUGUGAGCUUGGCACCAUGGCUGUCGAAGAAGGUGCCAUUCAAUGCGAUCAGUGUCGGCUCGGAGAAUAUGCCAACCGCACUGGGAUGAGCUUCUGCUACAGGUGCGGCGCGGGCAGUGGCCAGGAGAACUUAUGGACCACCAGCCAAGAGAUUGACGCAGAAGGGGAGAGCGUGGUGAUCAAGCUGCAGGGUGCGGUUUCCGAGUCCUACUGCCACUGUGACAGCGGCACCUUCUUGUGGGAAGGCCGUUGCGAGGUCUGCAUGGAGGGUGCCAGCUGUGUGGGCGCAGACCGCUUGGAACUGUUGCCGGGGUAUUUCUCAAGGGAAGAAUUGCCUGGCGAUGUCUACAAUUGCUUCGAUGAACGGAUUUGCCCAGGCGGGCCUGCAGGCACUUGCGCUGCAGGCCGCGAUACCUCCUCGGUGGCCUGUGCUGAUUGCAAGGAGGGAUUCCGCGAAGGGAAUGACAUGGUGUGUGAAGCCUGCGGGGAUGGCGACCAUGCCUUUUUCAGCAUGGUGGUGGUUGUGAUCAUUGGUGCCAGCGGCAGCAGUGGAGGGUCAGCGGUGAUGGCUGCCGGAUGCCAACAGUUAAUCAGCAUCGUCCAGAUGCUCACCGUGGUGAAACGCUUCGACAUCGGUUGGCGCGAGCCGCUUGAGAGUGUGUUGUUUUCCGUGGAAGUCCUGAGCUUCGACGUGGAUAUGCUCUCGGUGAGCUGCGUGACUCAACCUGGUCCGGUCGGGCUCUUCACCUUGCGCGCGUUGAUGAUCCCCAUGCUGGUGCUCGUUGCGUUGGGGGUGCACCUUUGCUAUCUCUUAUGCACUCGCUCCAAGACCUUCCAGAUGAGCAAUUUGCUGAGGACCAUCGGAUCGAUUGUUUUGGUCAUUUUCAUCAUUCUUUUCUCAAUGCUCUUGGCGCCUUAUCAAUGCAACGAACAUCCCAACGGCAAAAUGACCUUGAAGCGCUACAAGACCGUCUACUGUAACGGAGCGGAUGACCAUUUGGCGAUGCUCCUGAUUGGCGGUUUCGCUUGCUCGAUGCCAAUCAUAUUCCUAGUCGUUGUCACUUGGACCGUCAUGCUGGAGCUGCCCCGACGGAUUGCGAGGUCCGAUACUCAGUUUCUGGCUGCUUGCGGCUUCCUCAUCAAGCGCUUUCGGCCGGGCAUGGAGAUGGCCUCAGUCUUCUUCUUGAUCAGAAACGCCUGCGUGGCCUUGUGCCCAGUAGUCUCCAACAGGCCUGGGCAGCUGCUGAUGAUGAGCAUCAUUUUGUAUGUGAACACCGUCAUGGUGGCCUUCUUCCAGCCAUGGCGCUUCCUGAUCUGCAAUGUGCUGGACAACGUGCUCCUGGGUGGCAUGAUGGUGAUUCUGAUCCUCGGCUCCAUCGCGGUGCAAGAGUCAGUUCCACAGGAGAUGAGUACGGUCGCUUUGGUGUUCUUGGUGCUUAUGGGCCUUUGCAUUUUGGGAAGUAUUUGCUACGGCGCCUACAAGUACUUCCAACAGAAGUACCGCAAGCAGUUCCGGUACUUCUUGUGCCACCAGAAGAAUGCUGCAGGUUCAAUGGCAAGGCUCUUGAAGAUGGAGCUAGAGAAGCGUUUGCCUGGGACCAAGACCUUCAUCGACUGCGACGACCUGAAUGACCUGACCCGGCUGUUCAGCUAUGUGGGCCAGGAUACGCAAACGUUCUUGGUGCUGUGCAGCCCCGACAUCCUCACGCGCAAGUGGUGUGUGGGGGAAAUGGUCACUGCCAAAGCCAACGGAGUCAACACCAUGCUGCUCACAUGGCCAAGCUUUGUGUUUCCGGACGAAACCUUCAUCGCGAAAUAUCCAACGAUGGUUCCGGACAUCACCGAGCUCACGAAGUACGGCAUCGGCCUGGAGGACGUGGAGGACGCCUUCCGAUGGCUCACCACGGUGCCACACCAGCCGCUGCCCGAGCAGAUCUCCCCGACCUCGACCCACUUCAUGAUCUCGAGCCUGGUGUCAGAUGGACGGAGCAGUCCGAUCCCUAAGAGCACCCACCAGAUCCAGUUUGACACCAACUUCCCCGUGCUCGUGGAUCCUGCAAACUCGGAAGCAGUGGCUGCAGCUAUGGUGCUUGCCAGCCUGUUGAAGCCUGCACUCUUGGGCUCGAAUUUGCCCCUUCCCUUCAUCCAACUCAGCGGUGUUGAGGUCCCGCACGAAGCGACGCGCUCCUUGUUGAUUUGCAGCAGUGGAUGCUUCAAAUCAGAACAGCUUCAGACCUGGCUUUUGGAAGCCUCAUGCCUGCCAGAAUGCUGCAUGAUUCCAGUGAUCACCGAGGAGGCUUUCGAGAUGCCUUCUGAAGCCUUCUUCAUGGAACUGCAAACCACGUCGAAGUUGACGGAUAACCAGUUGCAGUUGUUCGUGAUGGUGAUCAGGGCGUUGUUCCAAGAGAUUGCCGUGGUCUUCGUGCCACAGAGCUAUGCGUCCACCCAUCAGGAUUUGCAACUCCGCGCCAAGCAGGCAGCUUCUAGGCUCAUCGCCAACCUUCAGCCCUUGGAACAGAAAGUCUCCAAAUUGCAGUCCAGGUUCGGAGAACAAUCUUCUGUGGAAGAAAUCUGGCGAGCCAGGAGCAGUAUGAUGGUGACCAAAGGCAGCGAAGAGCCAGAAGAUUGCAACAAGGAGUUGACACCAACCGAGUACUCCGAUGGAGCCUACUUUCCUCGGGACGUGGUCAGCGAGGCUUUGUGA